AUGCAAUUCUCUACCCUCAUCUCGGUCAUUCUCCCUAUGGCUCUAGUUGGCAAGGCGGCUGCCCAAAAGUCCUACUGUAGAGCCUUUGACAACACCAAUCUGUCUAAUGGUGCGUGCAGAGGCAUCGAAGGAGUUUGUACGACGGCUUGCCCGCGUGAAUGCGGAGCUGGUUUCGCGCUUCAAAGUGUAAACGAGGCCGAGGGCAAGUGCGGCUGCUUUUGCAAAAAGUAG